CGACCCCACGCCUCUCCCACAUCCCUGCGGCACCAUGGAAUUUCGCGGCCAGUGUCUCAUCAAAGGCACAGCGUCAGCCGAGCUGCAAUGCUGUCCUGUUGGCCUCAGCUUUUGGGGCGGAGUGAACCCCGAAACAGGACAGGUUGUAGACCAUCAUCAUCCCCUCUGCGGCCAGUCCGUCGCCGGCCGGAUUCUGGCCAUUCCCUGUGGCAGAGGAUCAUGCUCAGGGAGUACUGUCAUGCUUGAGCUCCUGCUAAAUGGAUGUGCUCCCGCUGCACUGAUAUUCGAGAAACCCGAGCAGAUCCUAACACUCGGAGUGCUAGUAGGAAAAGUACUAUUUGAAUGCCCAAUACCAGUUGUGGUCCUGUCCUCGUCAGACUUCUCAGAGAUAUGCAAUAGACAUUACGCUGCUAUUAAUGGAGAAACUGUGCUUGUCAGUGAUGUUCUCUCAGCGAUUCCGAAACCAUCAUCCGAUCCCAUAAAAGGCAAUAUCGACCUUUCAGAUUUGGACCGGAGCAUCCUUGCUGGGGAAAAAGGCCAAGCUGCCAACGUCGCCCUGCAGAUCAUCAUCAGCUUCGCAGUUAUUCAAGGGGCACGCUCACUAUUAGACGUUUCCCAAGCUCACAUAGAUGCCUGCAUAUACACAGGCCCUGCAAGUCUUCGGUUCGCCCAAAAGUUCCAAUCGAUGGGCGCCAAAUUUACCCUCCCAACCACUCUCAACUCCAUUUCGAUUGACCAACGUCGCUGGAAAGAACUAAAUGUGGACCCCACAUUAGCCUCGCAGGCGGGUACGCUAGCUAACGUCUACCUAUCUAUGGGUGCGCAACCUAGUUUCACUUGCGCCCCAUACACGCUCGAAGAUGCCCCCAAGGCCGGAGAGGACAUUGGCUGGUCGGAGUCGAACGCUGUUGUCUUCGCUAAUAGUAUCCUUGGUGCCCAGACCCAGAAAUAUCCGGAUUUUAUCGACGUUUGCAUUGCUUUGACUGGAAGGGCACCCUCAGCUGGAUGUCACUUGCCCGAGGGUCGACGACCCACCGUAUGUAUCCGCGUGUGUGAUUUGGUCUCAAUCGAUGACUCGUACUAUCCGUUACUGGGAUACGUCGUUGGCAAACUCGCCCAGAAUAACAUACCCUUAGUUUGCGGACUAGUAUACCUGCAGCCCCGGGUCAUGGAUCUCAAAGCGUUCAGUGCCGCUUUUGGCACCACUUCCUCAGCCGCAAUGUUCCACAUCAAAGGCAUUACUCCUGAGGCCGCUAAGUUUGCGGAACUAGAAAGCGAACUACCGAUCAUAGACCUCAAGCACGAGGAAAUAGUUGAGGCGUGGCGUAUGCUGAAUUCCGCUCAGGACCUUUCUGUCGACCUUGUAUCCCUGGGAAAUCCCCAUUUCUUCCUUGCAGAGUUCCAAGUCCUCGCCAAAUUAUGCUCGGGUCGCAAGAAGAGUCCGGAUGUUAAAUUUAUCAUCACCACCGGUCGAAACACAUACGAGCUCGCAGAAAAGGCAGGUUAUGUUGACAUUAUUGACACUUUCGGUGCAACAAUCAUCACAGAUACUUGCUGGUGCAUGCUCGGUGAGCCUGUUAUCCCCCUCGGAUCACGAAAUAUUAUGACGAACUCGGCAAAAUACGCCCAUUAUGCUCCGGGGAUGGUGAAGAGGGGCAUACAUUUUGGGAGCCUUGCGGAGUGCGUGGAGGCGGGCUGUGGGGGGAGAUUUGUUGGUGUUCCCCCGGGACAUAUCAGCGAUGGUCUUGAACAGUCUACCUGCCAGUAUCGGAAUUAGUAAAGACAGCUUACUUUGGGCGUUAUAACUGGACAUAAUAGCCAAGAUGAAGCUAGUAUAGUAUGCAAAAAAAAAGUAGAUAUGUAACAGCCAGUCAUAGUCGAAC